AUGUGGCUGCCCAAUAUCACCCACUCCCAUUCCACCACGUUCAUCCUGCUGGGCAUCCCAGGGCUGGAAGAAGCACAUAGAUGGCUCUCCAUCCCUUUCUGUGCUGGGUACCUCGUUGCUCUCCUGGGGAAUUUCACCAUCCUCGUCAUUGUGAAGACGGAAGCCAGCCUCCACCAGCCCAUGUUCUACUUCCUCUGCGUGCUCUCCACCAUCGACCUGGGCCUCUCCACCUCCGCCCUGCCCAGGAUGCUGGCCAUCUUCUGGUUUGGCCUCGGGGAGAUCAGCUUCGGUGCUUGCCUCACCCAGAUGUUCUUCAUCCACACCUUCACGGGGAUGGAGUCUGCAGUGCUGUUGGCCAUGGCCUUUGACCGGUAUGUGGCCAUCUGUGACCCUCUGAGGUACUCCACAGUGCUGACGAGGGCCCGGGUGAUAUGGCUGUGCCUGGGCAUUGUGCUGAGACCUGCCAUCCUCAUGCUGCCAAUUGUGGUUUUGACGGGACUCCUGCCUUUCUGCAGAGCUCACAUCACCAUUGCCCACACUUACUGUGAGCACAUGGGCAUUGCCAAGCUGGCCUGUGCCGACAUCCGAGUCAAUGCCAUCUAUGGCCUGUUUGUUGCUUCCUUUCUUGUGUUGGAUUUGAUCCUGAUCGGCAUCUCCUACAGGAAGAUCCUGCAGGCUGUUUUCCGGCUCCCCUCUAAGGAGGCCCGGCGCAAAUCCUUGAGCACCUGCAGCUCCCACCUCUCCGUGAUGUUCAUCUUCUACACCCCGGCCUUCUUCUCCUUCCUCACUCACCGCUUUGGCCGAAACAUCCCCCAUUAUGCUCACAUCCUGAUUGCCAACCUCUACGUCAUUCUGCCCCCAGUGCUCAACCCGGUCAUUUACGGGGUGAGGACCAGCCAGAUCCGCAUGCGGGUAUUGAGAGGGGUCCGUCCCAAGGGCUUCGGGUUGGCACCUACUCCAUGA